AUGGCAUCUACGUCAGCCCUCCAAAUCCAAGACUCCAAGUUAAGCAGUCUCGGUCUCUCAAAGUCUGUUGUGAAUAAGGAGAAAGUAUGCUGCUAUACGCGCUCUUUAGAAAACGCAAACAAUAAGAAUCCCGUACUCGUUCUCAUUCAUGGCUACCCACAGUCGGCUUACAUGUGGCGACACUUAAUCCCUCUGCUCCCACCCAAAGCACCACUUUUCGUUCCAGAUCUACCCGGUUACGGCGCUAGUGCACCGAUUGAGCGCAACGACAAACUGAGUGUUGGGACGGCAGUACUAGAGGCGUUGAAGACAGAGGCCAAGAAGAGCAAGAGCACCAACGAAAGUGUGAAUAUCGUACUCAUUGCGCACGAUCGUGGGGCGAGAGUUGCGCAUCAUCUUACCGUCAGCGGGGUGGACGGUGUGAACAUCUUGGGUGCUUGUCUUAUCGAUAUUGUUCCGACUUCUACGCAAUGGCAGCAUUUCACUUCCCCAGCUACCGCGGCGAAGGAGAUUACAGGCUACUUCCAUUGGCCAUUACUGGCGAACGUCGAUUUAGCGACGCGUAUGAUUACUGCUUUUGGGCCAUCUAACUGGUGUCAGGAGAUGAUAUUGCGCUGGUCAGGGAAGAGCAAUGCGGGCGUUGAAAAGCUAAAGGCUGAUGAUGCAUUGACUGUCUAUGGCGAAUUCUUUGCACAGGAACAUACACUGAAAGCGAGCUGCGAAGACUACAAGGAGGGCGCUACGACGGAUGUUGAGAAAGAGGAGAAAGAUCAGAAAGAGGGUAGGAAGAUUAAAGUGCCGGUGUUGUUGGUGUACAGUGAGGCGGGUAUCGGGAGCAGGUUCGACUUUCCGGAUGUGUGGAGGGAGUGGGUAGGUGAGGAUGUAAAGAUCAAGAAUCACGCGUUAGGAAACGGAGUUGGACACUUUGGGGCAGAGGAGGCGCCUGAGGAGUGCGCGGAUGUUAUCAAAGGCUGGCUCGGAACAGUAGUUGCAUAG